AUGGUGUCCCCGGUCACUGUGGUGAAGAGUGAAGGACCCAAGUUAGUACCCUUCUUCAAGGCUACCUGUGUGUAUUUUGUGCUCUGGCUGCCCUCAUCUAGCCCGUGCUGGGUCAGCGCUCUCGUCAAGUGCCUGCCCAUCUUCUGCCUCUGGCUCUUCCUUCUGGCCCAUGGCUUGGGAUUCCUGUUGGCCCACCCCAGUGCUACCCGCAUCUUUGUGGGGCUCAUCUUCUCUGCUGUGGGCGAUGCCUUCCUCAUCUGGCAGGAUCAGGGCUACUUUGUGCACGGUCUGCUGAUGUUUGCUGUGACCCACAUGCUCUACGCCUCAGCCUUUGGCAUGAGGCCAUUGGCCCUGCGGACAGGACUGGUGAUGGCCGUGCUGUCGGCCCUGUGCUAUGCCCUACUCUAUCCGGGCCUCUCAGGUGCCUUCACCUACCUGGUGGGGGGCUACGUGGCCCUCAUCAGCUUCAUGGGCUGGCGGGCUGUAGCAGGACUGCGGCUGGUUGGGGCAGCCUGGCGCUGGACCGAGCUGGCAGCUGGCAGUGGCGCUUUGCUCUUUAUCGUCUCAGACAUGACCAUCGCCCUUGACAAGUUCUGUUUCCCUGUGCCCUACUCCCGGGCACUCAUCAUGUCCACCUACUACGCUGCCCAGAUGCUCAUCGCCCUGUCUGCUGUUGAGAGCCGGGAGCCAGUAGAAGACUAUGGACUGAGCAAGACCAACUAAGUGACUGGGGUCUGGUCACCCCUUUUUCUUCCUGGGACUGGGAUUCAGGACCUGGGAAGCUGAAGCAGCUGGAUCAGGAUGGCUACAGUGCCAGCUUAGGGCAGCAGGUACUGUCCGACAAACUGGCAAGUUUGAGGGGGCGAGCAGGAAAAGAUCUCCCUAGCAGAACCAGUAUUUCACGACAAUGCUGAUAACUUAAAAAACAAACCAAACAGC